GCAGGCAAAAGCCUGGAUUUAGGGCCAAGAAGUUCUGAUCAGGGUGAGGAUGGCGGCUUGGCACUGGAUGAGAGCGAGGAGGGCUCCGGAGCCCCGCGUCCACCUUGAUAACGAAGGCUGGCGGCACGGAGCUGGGAGAUGGAAAGAGUGUUUACAAUCAGAGGCCUCCUUUUGGGAACUCACAGCUGUCCUAAGGUGUAGACCUUGGGAAGAUCGCUUCUAUCGGGUGGAGGAGUAAACGGACACCAGACUGUGUCCUGAUGACUUGCUCAAGCGGAGGAAGUUCCUGCAGAUGAAGCGCAGAAAAUACGGCUUCAUUUACAAGACACAUCUGUUUGGGCGGCCCACGGUGCGGGUGAUGGGUGCAGACAACGUGCGUCGCAUCUUACUUGGAGAGCACCGGCUGGUGUCGGUCCACUGGCCCGCAUCGGUCCGCACCAUCCUGGGCUCUGGCUGCCUUUCCAACCUGCACGAUUCAUCGCACAAGCAGCGCAAGAAGGUGAUUAUGCGGGCCUUCACCCGUGAGGCACUCCAGUGCUACGUGCCAGUGAUCACCGAGGAAGUGAGCAGUUGCUUGGAGCAGUGGUUGAGCUGCGGCGAGCGCGGCCUCCUGGUCUACCCCGAAGUGAAGCGCCUCAUGUUUCGCAUCGCCAUGCGUAUCCUGCUGGGCUGCGAACCUCGGCCCGCGGGUGGCGGGGAGGACGAGCAACAGCUAGUGGAGGCCUUCGAGGAGAUGACGCGCAAUCUUUUCUCGCUGCCCAUCGACGUGCCUUUCAGUGGGCUAUACCGGGGCGUGAAGGCGCGGAAUCUCAUUCAUGCACGCAUUGAGGAGAACAUUCGAGCCAAGAUCUGCAGGUUGCGGGCUUCCGAGCCUGGCGGGGAUUGCAAAGACGCGCUGCAGCUGUUGAUCGAACAUUCUUGGGACAAGGGAGAGCCACUGGACAUGCAGGCACUAAAGCAAUCUUCAACUGAACUUCUCUUUGGCGGACAUGAAACUACAGCCAGUGCAGCAACAUCUCUGAUCAGUUACCUGGGGCUCUACCCACAUGUUCUCCAGAAAGUUCGAGAGGAGCUGAAAAGUAAGGGCUUACUUUGCAAGAGCAAUCAGGACAACAAGUUGGAUAUGGAAAUUUUGGAGCAACUUAAAUACAUUGGGUGUGUUAUUAAGGAGACCCUCCGACUGAAUCCCCCGGUUCCAGGAGGGUUUCGAGUGGCUCUGAAGACUUUUGAAUUAAAUGGAUACCAGAUUCCCAAGGGUUGGAAUGUUAUCUACAGUAUUUGUGAUACUCAUGAUGUGGCAGACAUCUUCACUAACAAGGAGGAAUUUAAUCCUGACCGAUUUAUGCCACCUCACCCAGAGGAUGCAUCCAGGUUCAGCUUUAUUCCAUUUGGAGGAGGCCUCAGGAGCUGUGUAGGCAAAGAGUUCGCAAAAAUUCUUCUCAAAAUAUUUACAGUAGAGCUGGCCAGGCAUUGUGACUGGCGGCUUCUAAAUGGACCUCCUACAAUGAAAACCAGCCCCACUGUAUAUCCUGUGGACAAUCUCCCUGCAAGAUUCAUUCAUUUCCAGGGAGAAAUCUAAUGGACAUGAAUACUCAAACCUCAGACUUAUUUGAAGUGUACAUGAGUUUUUAUAUAGUGCCAUAUUGACUUAUAUUUAAUUUCUAAAUGUAUAUUAUAUUUAUGUGUCUCCACUAUAGUACCAUGACCUCUGAAUAUUGAAAUAAUUAAUUUGUAUGAUUUUGAAUAAAGUAAAGUUUGAAAGUGCUUUUCUUGCAUUUAAGGUUCCUUUUGGGGCAAAUCUACUGUUUUAAUGUUUGCAUUUAGUGCAUUGAGCCAGAUGGUUAAAUGUCUACCUGGGUUUAUUUGCCAUCUGUGCAUACCUAUUUUCUGUAAGGAAAAAACUUCAAGUUUUUUUCUACUGACAAUUAUGUAUGUCUGUUAGUCCAAAAGUGUCUGCAACUUUUUGUAAGAUAAUUUAGGUUUUUUAAUCUGAAAAAAUCUUUCAAGGUUAGUUUAGUUAAAUUUUUAUUUUUG